AUGGCGCUUCGUGUUGAUUAUGAAGGAAGUAAUGAUGUAGGAGUGUUCUGCACUUUGACGAAUAGCUAUUGCCUCGUUGGAAUCGGAGGAACUCAAAAUUUCUACAGCACGGUUGAAGCUGAGCUGGCCGAUGUAAUUCCUGUUGUUCAUACAUCAAUCUCUUCUACACGUAUUGUUGGUCGAGUCACUGUGGGAAAUCGUCACGGUUUAUUAGUGCCAAAUGGUACUACCGACCAAGAGUUGCAGCACCUGAGGAAUUCACUGCCAGACGAGCGACAUAUAUCUUCAUAUCAGGUAAAAGUUCGACGGGUUGAUGAACGUCUCUCCGCUCUGGGCAACGUCAUUGCGUGUAAUGACCACGUAGCAAUAGUUCACGCGGAAAUUAGUCAAGAAACGGAAGAAGCACUUGUUGAUGCUCUUAAAGUUGAAGUAUUCCGUGUCAGCCUUGGACAAAAUGCUCUUUUGAUGUUCAAAUCCUCUAAGGGGUUUCCAGUGAACAAUUACGUUACUGUUUUCACUCAUUAUCUGUUCGAAACAGACAAGAGCUUCUUAUCACUUCAACCAGAAAAUACACUCUCAGCUCUUUUGGUUUGUAAAUCCAAGCAACUCAACACUCCUGUUCCUGCGCGUCAUCAAUGUGGCAAAGUAGGAUCAUAUUCCGCCCUUUCUUCGCAAGGCUGUUUAGUAGCAGCUCGCACCCCUCCAGAAACCCAACGAGAGCUAGCUGCCUUGUUGCAAGUUCCAGUCGUUGCUGGUACGGUAAACCGAGGCUCCGAGCUCAUUGGUGCUGGAAUGUGUGUCAACGACUGGGUCGCUUUUUGCGGUGAGGAGACAUGGGCGAGUAGCUAUUCAGGCCUGGACACAACUUCCACUGAAUUAUCCGUUGUUGAGUCCAUUUUCAAGCUCGGCGAUCAUGGCCAGCCAGCUGCAAUCAGUACACAACUCAGAGAUACUCUUAUUGAAAGCUUGUUGUAG